AUGAAAGCUUACACAUGCGAUGUAUGCGACAUGUCUUUUAGUCAAAGUGGGUAUUUGACUACUCAUCGACGUACCCACACGGGUGAGAAACCAUUUGCGUGCGAUGUAUGCGAAAAGACGUUUACUGAAAGUAGCAUAUUGGCGUGUCACCGUCGGACUCACACGGACGAGAAACCAUACGCAUGCGAUGUAUGCGAUAUGUCAUUCAGUCAAAGUGGUCAUUUGACAAGACAUCGUCGGACCCACACUGGGGAGAAGCCUUUUGCGUGUGAUAUAUGUGACAAAUCGUUUGCUACAAGUGGCACAUUAACGUAUCAUCAUCGGACUCACACAGGCGAGAAACCUUACGCAUGCGAUGUAUGCGAAAAGACGUUUGCUGAAAGUAGCACAUUGACAUGUCACCGUCGGACUCACACGGGCGAGAAACCAUACGCAUGCGAUGUAUGCGAUAUGUCGUUCAGUCAAAGUUGUAAUUUGACAAGACAUCGUCGGACCCACACUGGCGAGAAACUAUACGCAUGUGAUGUAUGUGGCAUGUCGUUCAAUCAAAGUGGUCAUUUGACAAGACAUCGACGGAUCCACACUGGUGAGAAGCCUUUUGCGUGUGAUAUAUGUAACAAAUCGUUUGCUACAAGUGACACAUUAACGUAUCAUCGUCGGACCCACACUGGGGAGAAGCCUUUUGCGUGUGAUAUAUGUGACAAAUCGUUUGCUGCAAGUGACACAUUAACGUAUCAUCGUCGGACCCACACUGGGGAGAAGCCUUUUGCGUGUGAUAUAUGUGACAAAUCGUUUGCUACAAGUGGCACAUUAACGUAUCAUCAUCGGACUCACACAGGCGAGAAACCUUACGCAUGCGAUGUAUGCGAAAAGACGUUUGCUGGAAGUAACACAUUGACAAUACAUCAACGAACCCACACUGGCGAGAAACCAUUUGCGUGCGAUGUAUGCGAAAAGACGUUUGCUAGAAGUAACACAUUGACAAUACAUCAACGAACCCACACUGGCGAGAAACCAUUUGCGUGCGAUGUAUGCGAAAAGACGUUUACUGAAAGUAGCACAUUGACAAGACAUCGUCGGACCCACACUGGUGAGAAACCAUUUGCGUGCGAUGUAUGUGACAAAUCAUUUGCUACAAGUUACACUUUAUUGAAUCACCAUAGGACUCACACGGGCGAGAAACCAUACGCAUGCGAUGUAUGUAACAUGUCGUUCAGUCAAAGUGGUCAUUUGACAAGACAUCGACGGACCCACACUGGUGAGAAACCAUUUACGUACGAUCUAUGCCAUAAGUAAUUUCUGAAUGUGGCAAU